AUGAAUCAUACAGCAGCAGGAAAUAAUUUUAAUAAUAAUAUUACUAGUAAUCAAAUAUUUGAUACUAAUCGUUUAAAUCCCAAUCCAUCAACUACUACUCCACCAAUUUUAAUACCUAGAAUGGCAACAUUAGAAUACGAUAGAACAUCUUUAACAUCAUCUACUUCAUCCUCAUCAUCAUCAUCUCCAUGCUCAUUAUCAUCAACACCUGGAUCAACUUGGAAAAAAGCACAAUUUCAAACAAUGGGAAUCAAUGGAGACACUUUAAUGGCAUCUUGCCAUUUAAAUAAUAAUAAUAUCAACAAUACCAACAAUAAUAAUAAUAAUAAUAAUGAAAAUCAAAGAUCAUUGGAAAUGGGACAACCAUUUACAUCAUCUGAUCAAAUAUUAAAUCAUCAAUAUAGUACAGAAGCCGAAAAACAAUUACAUGAAGAACAAAGUAGUCAUAUUGAACAAUUACAUGAAUACGAUCUACAAUUGGAAUAUCUUCCAGUCGAAAUAUUAACUACCAUUUGUAAAUUCCUUGAUGUCAAAUGUAUAAAAUGUUUAUUCUUGGUGAAUAGAUUCUUUAAAGAAAUGGCAGACGAUGAAGAUGUUUGGAAGCAUUUAUUUUUCGAUAGAUUUGGACCAAAAAAUAUUAAAUUACCUAAAUUACAUCUUUCAUGGAAAUCAUUUUAUAGGAGUCACAAGACUUACAAGGGUAGAUGGGAUACAAUUAAAAAAGGUAAAAUGGUACUUUCCAACAAUGAAAGAACAGUAACUCACGGCGGUGAUUAUUUGGGAAGCUACCAAUCAGUUAGAGGUUCUGAAAGAAUUGAACUUGAUUCUGGUUGCACCUAUUGGGAAGUUUAUGUUGAAUCUUUAAAUUUUAAUCAAACAGGAUUUCAUUUAGUAAUUGGAGUGAUACCAGAAUCAUUCCCAGUAUGGCAAUCAUAUUUAACUAGUAAUGGAGGAUGGGGGUACUUGGCCGAUGGAAGAAAAGCAAACAAUAGUGGCAAUGGAGUACCAUUUGCCAAACCAUUUGCCCAAGGUGAUCGGGUAGGAUUGUUGGUCGAUAUGAACCAACAUACACUGUCCUACUAUCUCAAUGGUGUAGUGCAAGGCGUUGCAUUUAAAAAUCUAGAGCAACCAGUCUAUCCAGGUGUCAGUCUUUUAACAGGUGGUCAAAGUGUAUCAUUUAUUGAAGAUCCUUCAUUCCCUAGAUUAUAUCAGUAA